AUGGGGUCUCUGUCAGAACCAGACUGCUAUGUUAUGGGCAGCAGGAGAGAAUCUGCCCACCAAAUUAGAAGUAACAAGUACUAUUUUUUAAAAAGUCAUAGUAAUGGCCUAAAUUUACAUAUAAGCUGGGAUUUUUGUUCUCUUGUAGAUGCACAGAACCAAAGAAGCAGAGGUCCACCUCACUUUCUUCCUGGAGCUUCAGACCCAGACCACGGCCAGCACAUCUCGCCUUCUAGUCCAGAGAGCCAGGUGUGGCAGCCAGGACACCCUCUGCCGGGCAGCCUCCCUCCUGGUCUAGAAUAUUUAAGCCAGUUAGAACUCAUCAUCAUACACCAGCAGGUGGAGCUUCUUGGAAUGAUACUUGGCACUGAGACCUCAAACAAAUAUGAGAUAAAAAACAGCUUGGGACAAAGGAUAUACUUUGCCGUGGAGGAAAGCAUCUGCUUCAAUCGGACUGUCUGUUCCACACUGCGAUCUUGCACUCUGAGGAUCACAGAUAACUCGGGUCGAGAGGUGAUCACAGUAAACAGGCCCUUGAGAUGUAACAGCUGCUGGUGCCCUUGCUACCUGCAAGAGUUAGAAAUCCAAGCCCCUCCUGGCACUAUAGUUGGUUAUGUUGCACAGAAGUGGGACCCCUUUCUGCCUAAAUUCACAAUCCAAAAUGCAAACAAAGAAGAUAUUUUGAAAAUUGUCGGUCCUUGUGCAACAUGCGGUUGUUUUGGCGAUGUGGAUUUUGAGGUGAAGACCAUGGAUGAAAAGCUUACAAUUGGGAAAAUUUCAAAAUACUGGUCGGGGUUUGUAAACAACGUUUUCACCAAUGCUGACAACUUUGGGAUCCACAUUCCUGCUGAUUUAGAUGUGACGGUCAAAGCAGCGAUGAUCGGUGCUUGUUUUCUCUUUGUAAGAAUGUAGCUGAUUUAUCUUUCCCCUUUUCAAUUGCCAGCUACAAACACACAACAUUUACCCCAAAGAAUAACUGUGGCAUAGAAGCCUGCUUUAGGACCAGCAUUCUUUGCAGUGAGGAAGCAGGAGCUUGUA